AUGGGGGAUGAUCCAGGCUUCUCACCAGAUGGCCGAGAUCUAUGCCGAUAUCGCUGCGAGUCUCAAGCGUACCAAGCCCUGUGGACACAUGGUGUCUGUGGCCAAGGGAUCGUUCCGUACUUAUACGGUCUCCUCGAGUCAUUUGAUCCCAGACUGCUCGGUUCGGAUCUUGGAUCUUUCAACGAAGACAAGGCUUUCCCAUGUGCCAUCCUCCUGGAGUACCUACCCAACCCGACAAGCUUCGAGACUGCUGGUGCUAGUCUCUCCCCGGAACUCGUCAGGAUCGCAGUGGACAGCUUGAAGACAAUACAUGGCGCUCGCGUAGUGCACAAUGAUCCACAUCUCAAAAAUGUUCUGAUUGUUCCCAAGGCCAAGUCUCCCCGAGUGGUCUGGGUGGAUUUCGAUGUCUCCAUAGUGUUUUCUGGAGAAGGCACCCGGGGCCUGCUUACCCUGAGCGAUGAAGCUGAGUGGGAAACGAAAGUUUUUGAAAGCCGUGUUCGCAAACUGCGAAACAACUCUCCUCGCAUUUAA